ACAGAACCAAAGCAAAUUCGUCCGUCGGGGCUCGCGGUCGUCGAACGAGCAAAGAGAGUCGGUCCGAACUUCGAGAAUCGAGUGGAGAGUGGUGUGUUGCCCGUAACAAAAGAAAGAAGAAAACACGACCAAAAAUUACUGCUCCGGAGUUUAGCGUUGGUUGGUGGCGAAAGUGGUUGAGAGAGCGCACUCGAGUAACAGCAGCAGCAGCAGCCGCCGCCGCAGAAGUUUAUUUUCCCGCGCGUCGUGUCACACCAGAUGACCAACGUCGGUACAGAUGAAGGCAGAAAAGAAUCCGAAGGCCGAUAUUAUGAAAUUUCACAACUACAGUAGCCCACCAGAGAAAGGCAAGACACGAUCCGGAACAGCAGCAGCAACCGCAGUAUCGACGGAACAGACUUCGUCUCAGCUGGCGUCCAAGUCGCAGCAGCAGAUCAGUCUGAAGAAGAAAAUCACACCCGAGCAGCUGCUCCAGCUGCAGCAAGCCCAGUCGGAACCGCUGGCGAAGCGCCUCCGCACCGAGUCCGUUCCCGGUGAGGGCGGCGCUACCGAGGAGGAGGAGCUAGACACGUCCGCGACCGAGUCCGAGACGGAGAUGGACCAGACGGCGGUAGUGGAGGAGGAAGAGAUGGAGGUUACGCCGGCGACGACGACACAGCGGUUAGACGCGAGUACGUUGAAGGCGGCGAGGGGAGCCACCACCACGAUCCUGAUGGCCACCAGCGCGGACGAUGCCGACGACGACAGCAUGGGUCGGAAGAAGGUGAAACGAAAAGUGCCCGGAAAAGCGCCGGCCGCCAACAACACGUCCACCAAGGCCAAGCUGCAGAUGGUGCACGAGUUUCCGACGCUAUUUCUCGGCCUGCGUCGCAACCGGAUCUUCCUGGUGAACUCGCUCGCGCAAAGCUUCGAACUGAACCAGCGGGACAUCAUCCUGACGUUGCGGAAAAUCAAACUAAACGAACAGUACGCCCGGUUAGCGGCCGUCUUCGGCCUGACCGACAGCGAGGUGGAGAUUCUGUUCCGUACGAGUGUGCCUAAAAUAGCCGACUGUUUGCGAAAUUUCAUCGUCUGGCCGGACGAUAUCACGAUGAAGCUGAACGUCCCGAUCAACCUGCGGCAACACUUCAACAAGAUCCAUCUCAUCCUGAACUACCUGGUCAUCAAGGUGCGACAAAACGCCGUCAAACACCUUUCCCAAGCCCAAACGGAAUCCUCGUACUGCGAGCUCGACCAGUGCCACAAGCUCAAGUACCUGGUCGCGUCCACCCUGGACGGGUGCGUCUGCUUCGUGUCCCGAGGCUUCGGCAUCCAAACCGACGACGAGGCCGUCCUCGCCCAGUCCGGCUUCCUCACCAAGUUCAAAACCAACACGAACCUGAUCGCCGGCAAAAACUUCCACAACUUCGAGGACCGCCUCACCAACGGCAACGACCACGACCACGAGAACAACAACGGCGCCGCCGCCGGCUCGGACUCCGACCUGGAACGCACCCUCACCACCAACAACGACGACGACAACUUCGAGGAGAUCGUCUCGGAAAAGAUCAGCAAAAGCCGGACGUUCAAGCUGAAAAACUACAUCGAGAGCGUGCUGGAGAGCUUCCAGGCCCACCUCAUCCUCUCGCCCACGUCCUGCGUGGACGGCAAAACGCUCGAACUGCUCGACGACGUCGUCGUGAUCGUCGGCGCGCUCAUCAACCUGCAGAAGCAGGAGGUCGAAUAGAGCCGCGCCCGGGCCCACGUGUCUAUGUGUAAGCUAUACUAAUCUAAUCAUAUCGUUACGAGAGUUUGUGGAAGGUUCCAAACGCAACCUUCUAGGAACACGGCCUCUUUUGCCCGUUUUACCUUGUUGACGACGGAUGCACUGAACUGAAAUGUGUUGAAGAUCGAAAGGGCGCCCCGGGCUCGCGAGAAGAAGCGAGCCCGAAUAUUGUAGAUAAAUUAUUAUUAUUAUUAUUAUUGAUGAUAUACAACUAACCGCUAGAAACACCCUAACACACAUCUACACACACUCAACCAAGCAAACAAUAAAGUUUAUCGAUGGAAUAUUUA